AUGUCGUUCGCGGACUUACUGCGGAAGCUGCAAAGUAGUCAUACGCCGUGGUUGGAGCGACUGAAGUUGGCUCACCAUAUUUGGCGUACUAGAGACAUCUCUGUUCCUAAGAAACAUCAACUGCUAUUGGAUUGGAUGACAUCUCAACUCGUUUUUGCGACGAGGAAAGGACACGAAGCUGUGGACCGAGAGACGCUAGGAAUGCUGUGGUCUUUGUAUCUCAAUGCCGUCAAGUCUUUGGACAAUCAGUUAGUGUGCAGUGUACAACUGAAGCCGGUCAUUAUUGAACUUAUAACAGAAACAAUGAAUAAUUGUUUACAAGAGGGAGUUACAGAGUUUCCUCAUCACGUGGAAACAGUGUUAGACAUUGUUGGUCUAAUUUUGACUAAUUCAAUGUUUUACAAGCAAGUAGCUACUAAAUUUGAAAGUCUGGCUUCAUUCACUACUGCUGUGGUGUACUUGGGUCUACGUGUUGUUCAUAGACAGCAUCAAGUUGGAAAACUGUGGAAUGUUAUUUUGCAGUCUCUGAAUAAGUUUGUCAGUCUUUUGAAACAGCAGGCAAAUAUCAAAAAGGUUUUUCUCUGUGUGGCUGAGAAGUUAUUUGUUCCUGCUGUUCUCUUGAGGUUUUCAAUUUCAACUUUUAAGGAAAUGGAAUUAUCUGUAGAAGCCGUGCAUAAGGCAAUUGAUGUGGCUCUUACCAUAGGACUUUUCCACAAUCAUCAUGUUCAGUCUUACUCUACGGCAUUGGAAGUUUACGAUCAGUUCGUAGCCGAGCGACGUGUCUCUGUUUCUGACGAAGCAGUAUUCAAGUCAGAAAAGGCAAAGUCUGGGACUUCUCCAAGCAAGAAAUCUGUAGUACCGUACUGCAGAGUGCUCUUUACGGAAUUAACUCGCUUGUCACAAACUAACCCUUUGGCUGUCUUUGAAGUAACUCCGGUAUUGUUGCGUUGUUUAUUGCUGUCACUCAGACAAGACAUGUCUGACACCAACAAGGCGGUUGCAUUUCGUUUCUUUUCUGAGCUGUACUCUGUGUGCCAUGCUGUUACUUGUGAAGCCAACAGAGCAAAUUGGUACAAUAAUCUGAAGCAGCUGCUAGAGCUAGUCGAUGAGUUUAGUGUCUAUCAAGUGGCCAAUGACAAUAGUGCGGGUGCCUUCCAACUUAUGUUUUUUCAAGACAUUGCAUCCAAUAUUUCUUCAAAGAGUGUUGCUGCAGACAAUGGUUACUUGUGUCUAAUUGUCUUGCUGAAAUUGAAUCAUUACAUCUUGGAUGCUUGUUUGUCUUGCUUGCUAUCUGACUACUUGCAGUCACGUGUGGAGCUGGAAAGUUUGACUACACUUGUUGAAGUGUUGGUAGAAACGUAUACUAAAUUGAAUCAAAUGGAAGGCUUGGUAGAAAUAAUGGUGAACUGUGUGAAUGAUUCUUCUGGGACAUUGCAUUUGCCAUAUUCACUUUGUAAACGAUUAUCUGGAGCAAUUCAGAAGCUGCCACUUGGGCAAGUUUCUCAAAUAUGGAGGUUAUUGCUGAUGAAACUGCAGAAGAGACUUUUCAGAGACGUCGACACUGAAUCACCCAGAAAGCGUAAGAAACACCUCAACAGCUUGAAAGGAAGAGAUAGCUUCGCUGUAGCAUUUCUCAGCGAUCUUCUUGUUUUGUUUAUGAGGAAUGCCAAUCUGUCCAAUGCUUCAACUGUAGCAUUGAUUGAUGUCAGUGAUCAGCUGUCUCAAAUAUUUUUGGAAUUGUUAACACCACUAGCAGACAUGAUGAUGAUUAACACAUUUCAUCAUGAGCCAUCUUUACAGUUAUUGUUAUGGAGCUGGUUGCGAUUGUAUCACUCUGUCAUGGAUGUCAUUUAUCUAUAUAAUGAUUUGGGUCACAGACAUGAAUGUCGCUUUCCAGAGAUGUCUGUUGUUUGGAAUGAGUCACUGUCUUCUCCAAUUCCGACUUCGUUGAAUGAAAUCAAGUGGAGUGAACUAACUUUGAAUCCAAGAUGCUUACACAUAUUGAAAUUAAUUUCACUACAGUAUGUGAGACUGUUACUGGCUCAAGGAGAAAGGGUACACCAUGAUGCCAUCAUUUCACGUAUUGUUGCAUUUGUUUGUGAGCUAACAGAUGACAAUCACUGUGGAUUAUGGAACGGCAUGGUGUCUAGUAUCGAUCAUGAAAACAGUGCUGUUGCAUCGUGGCACUUGAUAGUCUGUCAUUUUCCCUUAUUGGCUCCACUUCUGAACGAUAACCAUCUUCGGUUAGUAGCACAAUAUGUUGUUGCUACUCUGUCUGCAUCAGAAACGUCUAGUGAGUCGAAUCAUCUAACAGUGCACACUGUAUCAAUGUGGUUAGUAGAUAGCCCUGUGUUUCAUGAGAGUCAACGCCUUCAUUCCUUUGUCAUUGAUUGUGUCUUUGCCGGAGUUGGGUCAUGUUUCAAGAAGUGUCUGAAGUGUCAUCACUCUAAAGUAGUUUGGCAGCUUGGUGAACAAAUUUGGUUGCAGCAGAGAGACAAACAAAUUGAUAGCGAUUUUAAUCAGCCAUUUGAUGAUACAGUAUCUUUUGCUGCUACAUCGCUUAGAAGCAAGCAGGCACGACAUAAGCUACAAGAAAAACUGGCUGUUGACUGGUUGCCAAUAGCACAAAAUGUAAUGGGAUGUGGCAUUGGUUCUUCUGUCAAGAAAAUGGAUAAACUCUCAUGUCUUAGUAAGCAAAUGACUUGUAAUGGUUCUAUGGCGGAUCACAUCUCAAAGCAAAUUGAGGUUUUAGCUAUGUUGCCAACACAUUGGUUGCUACCUAGUGCAAUAAUUCGAUGUUUCCUUGGACUCGUUUUGAGUUGCCAAUUGCUAACCAUGCUGAAUCUGACUGGGCAAUCAGUUUGUAUUCAUUCAAUGCUGAAUAUUGUAAAAGGACUGAAUUCAACCAAUGGAAAUCGCUUCAAAAUGUGCUUGACCGUAGCUAUACCACAUGUGCAACCUCUGAUAGAGUGGCUGAUUUCUUGUCAUAAGCAAACUUCAGCCGAGGAUGUUGUCAAGCUGUUGGAGCUUUUGAUUGCUUUCUCUCUACAGAGAGAUGCUCUAGCUAAUGAUGUUUCUUUGGUGUCUCAACAGGUGGGCACUGGUUUGACAAAUGUGCUUUGUCGUGUGAGCAAGUCUGAUGAUUUCUCACUUCAACAGGUUGAGGAACAGCAGGCUUUGGUUUAUUACAUUUUGUCAGGAUGCUGCAAGGCUUUGCGUUUUCAUGAUUUUGUCAUUGAUGCUGCGUCUGCCACUAUAAAGUUUUUGGUUUUGCCAAUAUUGAGUGGUAUUACUGUCUUUAUUGGUAAAGAUGAUUCUGUGAACAUAAAGAAACCAGUUUGGUCAACAGCAGUUGCUGCAUGCAUAAACUCAUUUGUUCAACUCUUGAAGACAAGUUACACACUGGACAGUAAACGAACAGCAGCAGAUACUGAGCCAUUACAUCAAUCCAAAGAUGUAACAGAUGCAGUGACAAAGGCUUAUGAAUUUGCUUGUUGUCAGUUGACACACAAACAAUUUGUUGGGUGUGCCAAUCUUUGCUACGAUGCAGUCACAAACCAGUGCCUUCAGCUAAUGAACCUUGUGUUUUGUCAUCGAUUGUUGUGGAAUCAUAUUGUUGACUGGUACGACAAGUUUACAGGCAUAUGGACCAUUCUAACAUGUCAACAAGAUGGUCUCUUGGCUGCCACCGAGACAUGCAUAAGAUCGUACUUGGGUGUAACUGUUGUUGAAGAAAUGGAGAGAGCAGUGGACCAUUUGCAUACAUUGACAGUGCAGUGUCAGAAUGGUAGGACUGCUUGUGGGAUGGUUUCUGGUAUUGUUCGGCUGUGGGAGUUAGCUCUUCGGAUGAAACAUUCAGAUGAGAAUGUAAAGAACGUUGUUGUUCGCUUGAUACCAAAGGUGAUGUUUACUUUCUUGACUGUUCUUCAGUGUUGCCAGUCUGUUGCUUCGUUUCCCAACAUUGCCAUGUCUAUUGCGCACAUCUUCUCAGACUUUCUGUCAAGGGGCAAGAUGGUGCUAUCUGGUGGCAAGUCAGUGUUGGCUCUGCAUGCUUGCUUGUUGAUGCCACUCUGUCACAACUUGCAAAGCUUUCAGGACAUGUUUCAAUGUGCAUACUCUAUUCUUCACAUGCUGUUACAUCACCAUUUUGAAUCUGCUAUCUCAGCCGUUCAAGUCAUCAUCCAGUGCUUGAAACAGAUGCUUGGAGCUUUGCUAGAAUGUUCCCAUCAUGUUUCUUGUUAUGAAAUGAGUCACUUAGAUGCAUCUACAAAGGCAAAAUUUGGUUCUGUUGAUGAAGCUACAUGUUGGAAGGCAACCGUUCAUUGUUCCAAGUUAAUGUCAAGGCUGUAUGAAGAGAUUUCUCAGUUACAAGCAUUUAGCAAGUAUUGCCCUUACAUUGUGGCCGAGUACAUUAUUUUGUCACAGAAAUGGACACCAAGCUCGGAGGUGAAGCUUCUCCUUGUUCCGGGAAUUUAUGGCUUGUUAGGUUUGUGCGGUGAACAUGAAAUGGCACUGUUGCACGCAACUCUUGACAAAUCAGGAAAAGAAAUGUGUCGUCUACUUUACGAGGACUACAACAAACACUACAAAUACAAAGGUCAAGGCUGAAUUCAGUAAGUGCAAAUGGGCUUUUGAAUGACAAUGGUUGCUAUACCGAGCCAUGACUCAUACUUUACCUAUUGAAUUACAUUUCUAUGAAUUAUUUGUAAUGCUAGUGCUUAUAUAUAUUUCAUGUACAGGAUGUAGCUAACAUGCAGUCAGAGUGUCGAUUUCAAGUUGUUGGAAACCAUAGAAAACGGAAUAUUGGCAAAUACAUGUCGACACUU